CCGGAAUCGACGCCAUUACAUUCCGGUGGGCUUGUCGCUCUGACAUCAGGUAGGAGGAAGUCCUCGAAGUAGCCUCCCAAAGACAAACACCACCUAAUUGAAACCUCGACCAGGGAUAAAACUGAGUAUGGCAGAGAAAACACCACGUCAGACGGCAGGCGGUGAUGGAGCAGAAGAAGAAGCCAGAAAGGCGGCGAUAGCAGCAGCCAAGGCGGCUAUCCGUCUGCCGGAAGUCCGUCUGGUGGUGCUGGGCUGGAGGUGGCCGGGGAAGAGCCUGACUGGAAACACCAUCUUAGGGCGGGAGGAGUUUCGCUUGGAGCGAGCAGCUGAGUUCUGUGUGAAGAGACAGACGGAGGUGCAGGAGCGCCAGGUGACUGUGGUGGACACUCCGGGCUGGUUCUCUGCUCAGGAUACACCAGCAGAAUAUAAGCAGGAGCUAGUAAGGGGAGCAUCUCUUUGUCCUCCAGGUCCACACGCCUUCCUGCUCGUCAUCCCCGUGGGCAUGUUCACAGAGGUGGACCGCGCUCGCAUCGAGGAGCACGUCAGUCUCUUCGGGGAGCAGGUGUGGAAGCAUACGAUUGUGGUUUUCAGCUGGGCAGAGGUGUUGAGGAACAUUUCAAUCGAGAGGUACAUUCGCAGGGAGGGAAAGGAGCUGCAGUGGGUGCUGGAGAAGUGUAAGCGAAGGUACUUUGUUAUAAACAACUGCAUAUUUGGGGAGCAUCCCCAGGUGGGACGCUUGCUGGAGAGAGUGGACAAGAUGGUGGCAGACGAGGGAGGCUUCUACAAACCAGAGGAGGUGGAGAAAGAGAAGAAACCCCUGGAUGAGAACCAGAAUUCAGCAAGGGAGCCGCGAGAGCUGGGAGCACGGCCCAAACAGAACUCUGGGCUGAGUUUGUCCAAAGCCAUGGAGGUGGAACCGCUUGCUAAUUAACGAGACGCUCCUGGCUGAGGAAACCACAGCGAAUGGAGCCUCACUGCGCUGACGGCAAAGCUGCUUACCUGACAAGAAAGAAGGGUAAACGACAGAAAUGUUACUGAAUGUCCAAGAAAGUGUGAUUCAUUUUAUUUAUUUUGUUCAAUCAGACACAUUUCUGUGUGUUGUAGCUGUGUGUAUUCUUUAUGAUGCAGUAUCUUCUCACUGUGAUGAAAUUGGUGGCCUUUGACACAUAAAUGACCUUUUUUUUUUAAAAGGUCUAAAGAUUUAUUCCCCCACUGUUUUAAAUUUAAUGUUGUUUUUAAACUUCAGCUCAUGAGAUGUUCUGUGGGUUGUAAGAGUGUUUUGAGAGAUUUGUGAAGGGACAAAUUUAAUUUAAUCUGAAACAAGGAAGCACAAGCUGUUACACAGGUAUCUGUUAUCAUUUGUAAACACUCCUGUAUGGUCUUUAGUCAUGGAGGAUACCAGUGGCAGAACUGCACUAUUAAAUCAUCACUAUAAUAUUCUGUCAGUGACUGUUGAGGGAAUUGCUUUUUUAAACAAUUCCCAUUUGUUGUGACCAAAUUGUAAAUGCUCUUCUUAUGUCAUGUUGUUUAUUACUCUCAGUGUACAGUUAUAAAGCACUGGAGCAGUUAUUGAUCUUUGUCUGUGGUGUGUUCCCUUGAAGGAAUUAAUUUGUUUCCCUGAAAUUGAUCUUUUAGAUUUUUGUAUCACUUUGUCGCAGAGUUAUGUGUUUGAGGCAAAGAUCUUCUCCCAGUUCGAUCAGUAACUAUAUUGAGAAACGAUAUAGUCAUUUCACUUAUUCUCAAAGAUGUAAAGUAGUCGCUAGUUCAAUGUCAAAUUUUGAUAGUAAACUAAAUAUAAUGGAGUUUUUGACUGAUCAUUGGGAAAAGGGGGAAUUGCUAGAGACAGUUAUGGGUAUUUUUCGCUUUUUUUGACACUUUAUAGAUGAAAUGAUUCUGACCCUUUGUGUUACUACAGUUAAUCUGAGAAUGAAUUUAGGUUGCAGGUCAGUCAAUUUCCAUGGAAUAAGGAGAGGGACUAUUAAACUACAAAGGCUGUACACAGGGAUGUCGGCAUUAUGUUGUGUCCUUUAUAAAACCACCCUUGAGGUGCUUCUCUAUAAAAAUCCACUUUCUUGUUAACUCGUAGCAAGACAGUUGGUAAGUUCUCAGAGAGCACUGAGUUACUGUAGACAGUCACAGAUCUCAGCAGUGGGACUUUCCAAUCAAAACCUAAUUUCUUGCUAAAUUAGUCAUUUUUGACACGCAAAAAAAUGAUUCGCCAUUUUACAGAUUAGGAAAGAUAAAAGAAAUAGUAGUAGGGAGUAGGCUGGCUAGCAAGCAAACAGGUUUAAGCUAACAUUUUUGUAAGACAUUAAAGAAUAACUUAAACUCUCUGACGUGCAGGUGUAAUCUAGGAAACUGUGACAUCACUGUUGGGUGUGUGGUGACAGGUGCCACAGGACAUUUGUGACCACGCCACCCUGUCACCCUGGGUGUUGCCAGGUUAAAGACAUUUUUUCAGUCUGGUGUUUAGUUGCACGACCAGACACUCCUGAGUUUUUGUUUGUAGAAAAACUAGAAUCUUGGGAAAAACAGGUUUAGCCUUUGGCUUCCAGCAGGCUAUACGAGACUCUCAAGCCUUUUUUUGUUUGUUACAGUGUAUUAUCGCUGGAUAGCGUUGAGUCUGAGCUCAGUGACGUAGUGGGAUAUUCUCCAGGGAAAAAACCUUCAGUGGGCUCAUGUAGCUCCUCUCGGCCUCACAGACUGGAGUCAGCUGCUCUGGACAGACACUCCUAUUUUUUUUUUCUAUAGGCUUUUAAUAGCUCAGAUAGUGUUGGAAAAACAACAUGGAAACAUACUGUAGUUAAUCGUUGUUGUGUGACCCAGUUUUGUGUCUUGUGUUUAUGGCACUGACCUCGCAGCAUUAAGCACAAACAGGUGGACACAGUAGUGAAUCUUUGCCUUGAACACAUCCCUCUGCUGCAGAUCACAAAUUAUUAUUAUCAUCAUCGGUUUUACUUGUUACUCGUUCAGUUUUAAUUACCUUGUGAAACAAAAGUGUGAAUCAGGCAUUUGCCCUCAGGAGCCACAUCAGCUGGCAACCAAAUCUGACCCUGAUUUCAACUACCAAAUGCAAUCGCCAGCAGGGCCCUGAUUUAAAACAACUGACAUAAGUCUUCUAUGCUGUAAAUACUGCACAUCUGUUGGUCUUUUGCUUGAUUGUGUUUAUAAACUCAACGCUGUUAACUGUAGACACGCACUGUGACUGUUCCACCGCAUGUUGACAUUUAACACAGAAAUAUGAGACAGGAAAAAGGCCUGCCGCGGACCUCUUGUACACUAAAGGACUCAAUAUAACUGGUAUUUUAUUUUAGAUUAGCGGGUUUGAGAAAACAUGGCAUGGACAAAAGGACUUUAACUCUGCUGAUCGUAAACACUGCUACUGUUGUGAUUCACACUGUAUUUGGUUUAAUGUCACUUGGCAACGUUUUCCCCCCAGUCACAGCUGAAUUAUCUCAAAGAGAAAGACGGAAGUGUCUUGAAAAUUAUUACAAAAUGCCAAACAUACACUGAACAAAGUCACAGAAUGAGGUCACGAUAUAGAGGACACGCAGGCAUGCAACCCAAUACAACCCACCAUUGUAGCAGUGUUUGUGAUGGUAAUUUAGUUACAGCAUGUGAAUCAAGUUACUGUCGAGAAUGUAAUGAAAGAAGAGUCGUCUUCUUUGUGGUCCUGCACCGUGUUUGACUGGCUGACACCAUUUGCUGGGGACGUCCUUGUUAAAAGAUGGAACGGCUUUAUUUUAACAAGAGCUGCACUGUGCUGUUUUUCUUAUACCUCCAAAUAAAAUGUAUAUUUUGAUCAAA